AGAUGUCUGCGCCCAUGGAAAGCAUUGCGUUUUGCACAAUAUUGAACGAAGUGGACUUUCUGAAUGUGUCAGAGGGUUAUACGAAAGAUACUGUGAUUUUGUCUUCAAAAAAGAAAUUGUUCGAUGUCUACAAGAUUUCAGACCAGAAGUCUGUGAAGAGUUGGUCUGUUAGACAUGGUGUAACGUUGACAAGCCCAGUUCUGUGGAAUCCUCAGCUUGAGAAGUUUGUGACUGUUGUAAACAAUCAGGAUGUACGGUUGUGGGACAAAGAAAAUGCAGAUUUUGAAAAGUCAAAGAAAAAACAGUCAAGCACCAAGAUCCAUGAGGUCAUGUCUUGUAGUGAUUAUGAACCUGUGAUAUUGUUUAGUAACGGAAAAGUUGAUUUACUUAGCAAGAUCAAGGAGGACCAUAGUAGAGGGCCUUUAACAAACAAACAUGAGAUAUACUGGUGUAAGACAGUAUGUGUACAGUCUACACUGAUGGUGCUGUUUGCAGUCAUUACACAGAAAGGUGUUGAGUUACACACAAACAAAUAUAAUGCAGAUAACAGUUCAUGGCAUCACACUGUAAUAACUGUACCACAAACAGACAGUUCAGCAACACAUCACACCGUACAAGCGGUACCACAUUCAGACAGUUCAGCAACCCUGUGUUCCUGUGACGCUAUACCUCUGGCUGACUGUGUCAAUGUAUUCUGUCUCUGGAGUGAUGGGAAAUUAAGUUCUCUAAGAGUGAACCAAGGCAGCUGUUUACCAGGACCAUGCCACACUAUAGAAGGAGUUAAUAAAGAUAGCACAAUACUGGUCGUAGAUGAUUUUCACAUUGCAGUAGCUGGGGUUGCAGAUAACAAUAUCACUGGUCUGGGUAUAUUUGACACAAAGUUUGGCCUCUUGAAGUCAUGGCAACCGUUUCCUGACAAAUGUCUCUGUAAACCAAAGAUUUGUAAAGUAGGAGGUAAUUUGUUUAUGCCAUGUGGUACAACACUGUACAGGUACAAGUAUGAAUGCGAACCAUCCACUUUAGUCAGCCUUCUAGGACAGGCGAAAAUAGACAGUGCAGACAAGCAGUCAGUCCCUGGUCACUAUACAUGGAACCCAAAUAACAUGAGAUGUAGUGUGAGUCAGCCAUCAACGCAUGUUGCUGAAUUACUGAAAACUUUGACAGAGUCAUCAAUGACUUAUACAAAAUUCAAGUCAGCAUUUAGCCGGCUUUUGGCAGAAUUGAAAAAGAUUGAGAACCACCAUUGGUUGUCAACAAGUCACAUGACUACACUGGUGCAAAGGAUGAUGGAUGAGAAAAAGUUUUGGGCAAAGGAGGAAUUGUGUCAGUUGAUUACACUGAAAUGCAUACCACUUAGUAUCAUGGAUGAGUUAUUCAGCUGUCUUGUACAGAAGUCAGAGAUUUCCAUGCUACACACUAUAUUAAAUACUUUACCAAACAUACCAGAGAAAUGUUUAUGCCGGGCACUGUCAUUCUUUCUUCAGUGUGAUGAGGAAAAAUUACCAACAUUGGAUGAAAUGGAAGAUGAAUCUAGUGAGGAUGAUAAUCAGGAUAAGCCAUACAGUUGUCCAAUUAGUGCAAGCAGAUCUGCUAUCAUAAAUGAGAUUCUUUGUUUACCAUACAGUGAUACAUUUCUCCUGGAAUGCUUGAGAAACGUUUCAUUUAAGGAUGCCUUGAAAUUACUAGAAUAUCUGUGCUAUUUGUUGGAAACAAAGUCUGGUUUUCUGAAAGGAGGGAAAGAAAGGAAAAGACAAAAACUGUCACAGAUACAGGUUCUUGACUGGUUAUGUCUGGUACUUGACGCUCACAUUACACAAUUUGUUUUGUCUCCCGACUGCCAUGUGACUAUUGUCAAACUAGAAUCUAUAGUAAGAGAACAGGUACAGUUUUUUGAUGGACUUGUCACCCUAGAAGCCCUGUUGGAACAUUUUAAAGCAAAGAGCUCACUACCGCAGGAUAAAAAGAUCGGACAUUAUUGUAUAGAAGUUUUACAUGUAUAUUAACAAUACUUUUUAUUGAUAUUUGAAAUAAACAGUUAAAAAUA